AUGAACUUCCUUAAAAGUGGCCUACAAACCGUGCUCGGUUCACAGCAACCGAGCCAAGCGCCCAGCGGUGCAGAAACGGUGGAACUUUUGGUGGAACGUGUCACAUCAUCCACCCUGCUAGAUGAUCGGCGCGAUGCAUGCCGGGCGUUGAAAGCCCUUUCGAAAAAAUAUCGCAUCGAAGUAGGCAUCGGUAUGAACGCGAUGCUCCAGGUGCUUGAAACGGAUCGAACAGAUUGUGAGAUUAUCGGGUAUUGCUUGGAUACGCUGUGCCAUGUCACAUCGCCGGAACAGUUCGAAGAGGAAGAGGACAACCCAAACGUGACGGCCAACAUUGGCGAACAGUUUACGGAAAUUUUCAUCAAAAACUCGGACAAUGUGUGCCUGGUGUUGGGGUGUCUGGAGGAGUACGAUUUUCGUGUACGGUGGGCUGCAAUCAAACUGCUCACCAACCUGCUGGCUAACCGACCGAAGGAAAUACAGGAGAUUGUGCUCGUCAGCCCGAUGGGUGUGUCGAAGAUGAUGGAUUUGCUGAUCGACAGCCGGGAGGUGAUCCGGAAUGAUGCAUUGCUGCUGAUGAUACAGCUGACGAAGGGAAAUGGAAACAUUCAGAAGAUUGUCGCGUUUGAAAAUGCGUUCGAUCGAUUGCUGGAUGUUAUUAAGGAGGAAGGUUGUUCGGACGGUGGAAUUGUGGUGGAAGACUGCCUGAUAUUGAUGCUUAACCUACUGAAGAAUAAUCCAAGCAACCAACAGUUCUUCAAGGAAGGUUCGUACAUUCAACGAUUAGCACCGAUGUUGGAACUUUCCACCGAUCAGGAUCAGGCGGGUAUGAGUCCGCAGAAGGUCUCGAACCUGCACUGUAUGUUGCAGGUUGUGCGUGCACUCGUGUGUCCCAGCAAUCCCCAGCAGGUGAUCAGCUCGUGCCAGAAAGCAAUCCGAAGUUCGGGAUUGCUUUCGGCCAUAUGCAACAUUAUCAUGGCGAGCGGAGUGCCACCGGAUUUACUGAUCGAAACGAUCAAUACGAUCGCAGAAGUGAUUCGCGGUGAUGGACAAAACCAAGACUACUUCAACUCGUUCGUUGCACCGUGCGAUCCACCGCUGUCGGCCAUCGUUCUGCUACUGAUGUCAAUGGUCAAUGAGAAGCAACCACUUUCACUACGUUGUGCCGUACUUUACUGCUUCCAGAGCUAUUUGUAUCGCAACGAAGGUGGCCAGACAUCACUGGUCAAAACGCUGCUGCAAUCGUCCGAACAAACGACAUCCAUUACCAGCGGCCAGCUGCUCUGUCGCAGUCUGUUCAGUACGGACCCACUGUCGAACUGGUUUGCGGCCGUUUCGAUGAGCCACGCACUCUUGGAGAAUCCGGCCCAAAAGGAACAACUGCUCCGUGUGGUGCUGGCCACCUCUCACAUUAGCAAACCCGUCUCACUGCUGGAACAGUGCAAUCAGCUGCUGCAACAGGCAAAUUGCAAGUUUCAGAGCAAGGUCGGCUUACUGAUGCUGCUGUCCGUGUGGUUAAGCCACUGUCAGCUAGCCGUGCGUACAUUCCUCUCCAUCCCGGGUACGGUCGCUUACCUUACCGGGCAAAUAUCGGCAAACGAGCACGGAGACAACGAAUAUCUAGUGCAGGGCUUGUGCGCCUUCCUGAUGGGCAUCUGCAUCCAGUUCAACGAUAACAGCGUGCAGGAGCAUCAACGCGAAUUCCUCUGCCAGCUGCUGGUCAAGCGUAUUGGUCUGGAUACCUACAACAAAAAGCUGGGCGAAGUGUCCAAGCAUGAAAAUUACAGCAAAUCGGCCAAACAGCCACAGAUACGCAUUGCGGCGACUACCGAUCUAUUGCUGGAUUACGAAUUUUGUCGUCUUUUUAAAGCGCUCGAAGCGGUCAUUACUAAAACGGUGAACGGGUUCAGCACUGGGGGAGAAAACAUUACCGAGCUUACCCUGAGCCAGGAAGCGUCCGGUUUGGUGGCACAGUAUAAAGACAUUAUCCGGGAGCAGGAUGCGAGGCUUCAGGCACUCCAGCAGCAACUCACACAUGCCGAAGCGAAAGUACACGAGCUGAACGGUGCACUGGAACAUUCGCAAUCCAGCAAUGGACAACUGCAGGAUCAGAACAUACUGCUAAAGGCACAACUCCAGGCAGCGUCUGAUAUGCGCCAGCAGGCCAUUGUCUCCUCUUCCGCAUCUUCGCCACUACACUUGCUACCGGCUCAGGGCGAUCAGCAGGAAACACUCGAAAAACGACUGUCGAUGCUGACGCUAGAGCAAACGGAUCGAGCGAAAAUCGUCUAUUACGAGUCGGAGAACAGUCGUCUGCUGGGUGAGCUCGAUCAGCUGCGGUUGCGUGUAACCGUGGCGGAAAGUAAAGCGAACGAAUCCGGUACAGAGCUGGAUAAGCUUCGGAAGGACCAGGAAGAUCUGCUCGAACUGUUGACCGAUCAGGAGAGCAAACUGCAACGCUACCGGAUGGAGUUGAAGCGCGUGACCGGCCAAUCGUUCGACGAGGAUGACGAUGAAGAUGAUGAGCUGCAGGCGAUAGAGGCAAACGAUGGUGAGAGCAACAAAAAAGCGACAACUACCACUACCACGAUCAACAACAAUGCUUCCAACUAUCCGGGAGGAUUUGUGUGCUAA